AUGAUGGAGCCAAUUAAUUAUAAAAAUAUAUCAUUUAAUGAUAUUAAAUUAGAUAGUAAUUGUAAUAGUAGUAGUAGUAGUUCAAGUAGUAGUAUUGGUAGUAAUAGAAGUGGUAGUGGUGGUGGUGGUGCGAUUUCAAGAAAAAGUUUUGAUUGUAGUACUAGUAAUGGUAUUAGUGAAUUUGGUGGUGAUGAUGGUGGUUGUGGUGGUGGUUGUGGUGGUGAUAUGGGUAAUAAUAUUAAUAUUAGUAUUAAUAAACGUCAUAAUUCAGUAAAUAGUAUUAGUAGUAAUAAAAAUAUAAAUUGUUUGUAUCAUGAUUUAAAUGAUUUAAUUACAUAUUGUAAUGAUUGUGAAAGAAUGAUAUGUGUACAAUGUAUAGUUAGUAAUGAUCAUUGUGGUCAUAAAUUCACAGAGAUAUCAAAACCAUUUGCGUCAAGUUUAUUAGAGAAAUUUCAAAAACAACAAUUCCCAAAUCUAUUAGGUUAUAGAGAAAGUGAUAAACAUAUAAUUUCAGCAUUAGAUUAUUGUUGUAAUGAUGUCGAGCGCCAACAUAUAGAAUCGGUAAAACAAGUCAAACAACAUUUUCAAAAAUUAAUUGAAUCGAUUCAGUCCAUUGAAAAGGAUAUCAUUGAAAAAUUACAAUCAACAGUUGAAUGGAAUAAAGAAUUACAAAAUUCAAUUAAACAGCAGUUUGAAAGAGAUUCAAAGAAAAUCGAUUCGAUAAUUUCAAAACAUCAUUCGAAAAUCAAUGGUUAUCAAAUUGACCAAAUUUACGAUUUUGAAACUAAACAACAUAUUGAAAUUAUUAAAGAUUCAGAUCAAUGUACACCACUAUUAAAAAGAAGAUUGGAGAUUUUAAAUAAUAAUUCCUCUUCAAAAAUUAAAUUUAAAAAUGAUUUACUUACAUUUAAUAUGGAAAUAUUUGACGAGAUUAAAGAAAAAGUAUUAAAUUUCACAAAAAUUGAAAAUGUAGAAUAUAAAGAUUUAAAAUCAACUAAACAACAUUUAAUGUUAAAUAAGAAGAUUCAACCUUAUAAUAUUGAUUAUUAUUUAUGUCAUGGUGAGCCAAUUCCAUUAGGUGAGACAUCGGUUGCAUUGGAUUCAAAAUAUUCUUCAAAAUCAAUUUGUAUUCAGUCAAAUAAAAGUAUUGAUAGAUUGUUAUUAUGUAAUGGUUUUAAAUUAUCAUUGAGUGAGUUUAAAAUACCAGAUUCAAUUAAAACAUUGAGAAUUGGUGAUAUUAAAUACUCUUGGGAUGCAAAUUCAAUACCAUCAAGUGUAACAGAGUUACAUCUAUGUGAUGGUUUUAAUCAUAUUCUUUCGAGUGGUAUGAUACCAAAUACAGUUACAAAAUUAUAUUUAUAUGAUAUUAAACAACCUUUAACUAUGGGUUCAAUACCAUCAAGUGUAAAUGAAUUACAUAUGUGCGAUGGAUUCAGUUUACAAUUGGCUCCAUUCGUUUUACCAAAUUCUAUAACUUCAUUAAGUAUAGGUGAAAUUAAAUAUUCAAUUCUACCAGAAUUUAUACCAUCAAGUGUAAAAAAGAUACGUUUAUAUAGUAGUUUUAAUCAUCCAAUUAUUCCUCAAAAUAUUUCAGAAUCUGUUGAAACUUUAGUAUUAUUUAAUAUUAAAUUAAAUCUUGAAAAUAAAGUAAUACCAAAAUCAAUUAAAGAAUUACAUUUAUGUGAUGGAUUUGAACAACAAAUUCAACCAUUCUCAAUUGAAAAUGGUGGAAAAUUAGAGAAAUUGGUAUUAUGUGAUAUUAAAGAAAAACUAUUAAAAAAUUCAAUACCAAAUUCUGUUAAAAAAUUAAUUUUCUUAGGUUAUAAUCAUCAAUUAGAAAAUGGUAUUUUAAAUGAUUCUUUAGAAUUAAUUUAUUUUAGUAAAAGUUUUACUCAUCCAAUUGAUAAUAAUUUAAUUCCAAAUAAUAUUGAAAUUAUAAAAAAAUAA